AGGAAGCGCUGGAGCGAGCUCAGUGCCCGUUCUGUCACGAGCUCCGUCCGGGUACAGCGACCGAACGAAAAGUCUCGUACAUUAUUGACGGCUAAUUAUAGUCCACAGCGAUCUUUUCCUCGAGAAACAGGUCUGUCAGAUUAGUUCGUCAGCAAGCAGGGUUCCCCGCUGUCCUAUUGCGGUCAUUUGGGUGAUGUAUUCUAACAUUUGAUUGAGCUAGCCAGCUCGCUAGCUGUUUGGCUAGCUUGCCGUGCGUGACUCAAAGUCAGAGAGGAAUCAAUUGUUAUUUUAACACCAUCGACAUAUAGGCGCGUAAUCAUAAAUUAAAAACAACACGGUGGCUUGUUUUUUAAUUAGUCAUUACCGCAACGUAAGCUCGUGCCUUUCCAUCGUUUUCCCAUUGACGAGAGUUCACGGGAUUGAAUGAAUUAGCCAACGGAAACACCAGUCGCGCUGACUUCCCAGCUUCUCUCUCACCCACUGCAUCCACCUCUUUUCUUCAUAAACACCCGCGGCUACAUUAUUUGUGUGCUUUACAAGCGCUUACAAUUGAAUUCAGGACUAAAUUCGCAGCUCAAGUGUGAGUUAGCCCGCUAGCUCGGUGCAUUUGAACUCAAAUCGCCGCCUAUUUAACCUGCACCUCUGAACAUCUGAAAGUCAUUUGUUUCGUGUUGAAGCCGGCUUUUUAGAGAAAAAACGAGCAAACAUGCCGGCUGUGUCGAAGGGAGAUGGAAUGCGAGGAUUAGCUGUGUUCAUAUCGGACAUCAGAAACUGUAAGAGUAAGGAGGCCGAGAUCAAACGCAUAAAUAAAGAGUUGGCCAACAUCCGCUCAAAAUUUAAAGGAGACAAGGCUUUGGAUGGAUACAGCAAGAAGAAGUAUGUGUGCAAGCUGCUCUUCAUCUUCCUUUUGGGCCAUGACAUUGACUUCGGCCACAUGGAGGCUGUCAACCUGCUCAGCUCCAACAAGUACACUGAGAAACAGAUUGGAUAUCUGUUCAUCUCUGUGCUGGUGAACAGUAACAGUGAACUGAUCAGGCUGAUUAACAAUGCCAUCAAGAACGACCUGUCCAGCCGAAACCCCACCUUCAUGUGUCUGGCUCUGCACUGCAUCGCCAACGUGGGCAGCAGAGAGAUGGCCGAGGCCUUCGCUGGAGAGAUUCCUCGCAUCCUUGUGGCUGGGGACACGAUGGACAGUGUGAAACAGUCAGCUGCUCUCUGUCUCCUCCGUUUGUAUAAGACCUCCCCAGACCUGGUGCUCAUGGGAGAAUGGACCUCUAGAGUGGUGCACCUGCUCAAUGACCAGCACAUGGGUGUGGUCACUGCUGCGAUCUCCCUGAUCACCUGUCUCAGCCAGAAGAACCCUGAUGAGUUCAAGACCUGUGUAUCGCUUGCUGUGUCACGACUCAGCAGGAUUGUGUCUUCAGCCUCCACUGACCUGCAGGACUACACCUACUACUUCGUUCCUGCUCCGUGGUUGUCCUGCAAGCUGCUGCGACUUCUGCAGUGCUACCCACCGCCUGAGGAUGGUGCCGUUAAGGGACGGCUGGUAGAGUGUCUGGAAACUAUCCUCAACAAAGCCCAAGAGCCACCCAAAUCCAAGAAGGUUCAGCACUCCAAUGCCAAGAAUGCCAUCCUGUUUGAAGCCAUUUCUCUCAUCAUCCACUAUGACAGUGAGCCGAAUCUUCUUGUGCGGGCAUGUAACCAGCUGGGCCAGUUCUUACAGCAUAGAGAGACCAACCUGCGCUACUUGGCCCUGGAAAGCAUGUGCACCCUUGCCAGCUCUGAGUUUUCCCAUGAGGCAGUUAAAACGCACAUAGAGACAGUCAUCAAUGCCCUGAAGACUGAGAGGGAUGUCAGUGUGCGUCAGAGAGCUGCUGACCUCCUCUAUGCCAUGUGUGACCGCAGCAAUGCCAAGCAGAUUGUCGCAGAGAUGCUGAGUUACCUGGAGACAGCCGACUACUCCAUCAGAGAAGAAAUGGUACUGAAGGUGGCCAUCCUGGCAGAGAAAUAUGCAGUAGACUACUCCUGGUAUGUGGAUACCAUUCUGAACCUAAUCCGCAUUGCUGGGGAUUACGUCAGUGAGGAAGUGUGGUACCGCGUCAUCCAGAUCGUCAUCAAUCGUGACGAUGUGCAGGGAUAUGCAGCCAAGACAGUCUUUGAGGCUUUGCAGGCUCCAGCUUGUCAUGAGAACAUGGUAAAGGUUGGAGGCUACAUCCUGGGAGAGUUUGGUAACCUUAUUGCUGGUGAUCCUCGUUCCAGUCCUUUGGUUCAGUUUAACCUGCUCCACUCUAAAUUUCACCUGUGUUCAGUCCCCACGCGCGCCCUUCUGCUUUCUGCCUAUAUUAAGUUCAUUAAUCUGUUCCCGGAGACAAAGAGCACCAUUCAGGAAGUGCUGCGCUCCGACAGCCAGAUCAGGAACAGUGAUGUUGAACUGCAGCAGAGAGCUGUGGAGUAUCUCAAACUGUCCUCCAUCGCCAGCACCGAUGUCCUGGCCACAGUUCUUGAGGAGAUGCCUCCAUUCCCAGAGAGAGAGUCGUCCAUCCUGGCCAAGCUGAAAAAGAAGAAAGGACCAGGAGCCGUGUCUGUGAAUGAGCUAGAGGAGGGAAAGAGAGAGGGAGGAGAACUCAAUGGAGGGGGAGAAAGAGGAGGAGACAGCUCUGCCAUUGCUGCAUCUAAUGCUUCCACUCCGUCCCCGUCUGCUGAUCUGCUGGGGCUCCGCACGGGUCCCCCUGUUACCGCCGCCGCUCCCAGCACAGGCAGCUUAUUGGUUGAUGUUUUCUCAGAGGCUGGCGUCAAUGAUGAUGGCUUCCUGAGAGAUCUGGAACCCCCCACUGAAAGCUCUGACUCCCUAUUGGCUGAGGGUCCUGGUGACUCUGACUCUACUCCCCCUUCUGUGGUCUCUGAAGAUCCUGCUACUCCUCUGCCUGAGUCAAACGAACUACUCAACAAAUAUUACAAGUGCACGUUAGGGCACCGACCGGCAGAAACAUCUGCACCUAUGGCAUGGACGACGAAACAAAACCUUGUCAAAGCCUUACUGGGAUUAGGCAUGGCUCUCUUGGAGAAUGUGGAUCCGAACCCAGAGAACUUUGUGUGUGCUGGUGUGAUCCAAACCAAGGCCCAGCAAGUGGGUUCUCUGCUAAGACUCGAGCCCAACGCACAAGCUCAGUCUGGGGAGCAGAUGUACCGGUUAACCGUGCGCAGCAGUAAGGACACUGUAUCCAAGCGUCUUUGUGAGCUGCUGGCAGAACAGUUCUAGAAAGUGAGCCGAGACUAGCGCCAUCUAGAACCGACACCCAGACCAGACCAGCGUUCCACCUGAGAGACCCCAGAAUAAAGAAUCUACAAAACGCAUUCAUGCAUAAGGGAAAAAGUAGCUGUCAGUCUCUGGCAGCCAUAUUACUGUCCUUCUGAUAAUGAUUAUUAUUACUAUUAUUAUCAUCAGCGCUGCCCUUCUUGUUUUUAUCGGUGUUUACCUGUGUGUGGUGCGAAAGGAAGCGUGCAUGUGUUUUUUUUUUCGUACAUGUGUGAAAGAAUCUUGGUGGUAGUCCGUUCUCCGUCCUGCCUGUUCAACGAUCAACUCCUGUGCUUGUGUUGACAGCGUGUGUGUGUGUGUGU